AAGUAAACAGCAUUUUUGCUUGCAGCCAAGUUACAUUUCGCAAGGGGGGAAAUGGAUUUCUGUAACAAUGAGAGAGGAAGAGAGCGCGCGCGAGACGUUUGAACACGAAUACAAAAAGUUACAACCCUGGGAAGCCUUCUUGUAGCUUUACGGAAAUGAGCGGCAGGGCUUUUCCACCGAAGACCAAUCUGUCGUUUCCAGUCAAUGAAAGAGACUGAGUUUAAGGUUCCUUCCUAAACGGGCCGGCUAAUUUAGCCCCGCCCACGAGUCGGAGGGUCUGUUAUAUCUCUGUUCCUUGAGUACCUCUCUCACAGAGACCGACCACAGCAAGCAGAGGCUGAAAAAAAAAAAAAAAGAGCAAAGAGGAAGAAAACAAAAGCUGCCAAUUAUGGAAGAUGUAAAGGAUUCUGGAUUGAAGGGAUUUUGUUCCAGAAAUAUAGUGAUCAUCCUUGGCUUCUCCUGUGUCUUGGCUGUGAUUGCUCUGAUCACUGUGGGGCUGACCCAGAACAAACCAUUGCCAGAAAAUGUUAAGUAUGGGAUUGUGCUGGAUGCAGGUUCUUCUCACACCACGUUGUACAUCUAUAAGUGGCCAGCAGAAAAGGAGAAUGACACAGGGGUGGUGAAUCAGAUAGACGAGUGCAAGGUAAAAGGUCCUGGAAUCUCAAGUUAUGCUCAGCAAACGAAUAACUUAGGCAUUUAUCUGACUGCAUGCAUGGAAAGAGCCAGGGAAGUGAUUCCAACAUCCCAGCACUUCGAGACACCUGUUUACCUGGGAGCUACAGCAGGCAUGCGGUUGCUCAGACUUGAAGACAAAAAGUUGGCGGACAAUGUCCUGAAUGUGGUGACGAAUGUCCUCAACAGGUAUCCCUUUGACUUUAAGGGUGCCAGAAUCAUCACUGGCACAGAGGAAGGUGCCUAUGGCUGGAUCACUAUCAACUAUUUGCUGGGAAAAUUCACUAAGAAACUGAGAUGGUUCAAUCUGAGGCAAAAUGAAAAUGAGAGUCAGGAGACUUAUGGAGCUUUAGACCUUGGGGGAGCCUCUACGCAAAUCACUUUUGUGCCCCAAAACCAGACAAUUGAGUCUCCACAAAAUGCUCUGUACUUUCGUCUAUAUGGUAAGGACUACAGUGUAUACACACACAGCUUCUUGUGCUACGGGAAGGAUCAAGCGCUCUUGAAGAAAAUAGCCAAGAACAUUCAGGCUACAAAUGGAACCAUCCAGGACCCAUGUUUUAACCCUGGAUACAUGAGGGUAAUGAACAAAAGUGACAUUUACAAGAGUCCUUGCACCAGGGAUUUUCAGGAGACUCUUAAAUUUCCUCAAUUACAAAUCCACGGCACUGGAGACUUUGAAAAAUGCCAGCAAAGCAUCAUUAAACUCUUCGACACAAGUAUGUGCUCUUAUUCCCACUGUGCCUUCAAUAACGUUUUCUUGCCACAACUUCAAGGACAAUUUGGGGCAUUUUCAGCGUAUUAUUAUGUGAUGAAGUUUUUAAACCUUACAUCAACAGAACACCUCUCUCAGGGAAACAUUAUUGACAAAAUAACAAAUUUCUGCUCUCAGCCUUGGAAAGAGCUGAAGAUGCAGUUUGGUGACGUGAAGGAGAAGUACCUGAGUGAAUACUGCUUUUCUGGAACUUACAUUAUCUCUCUCCUUCAGAAGGGCUAUCAUUUCACACCUGAUUCCUGGAAGAAUAUUCAUUUCAUGGGCCAGAUCCAGAACACUGAUGUGGGAUGGACUUUGGGCUACAUGCUGAACCUGACCAACAUGAUCCCAGCUGAGCAGCCGAUGUCCGCACCUCUCCCCCAUUCCACCUAUAUCUUCCUCAUGGUCUUCUUCUCUCUGAUCCUGACUGCAGUGGUCAUCAUAGGCUUGAUUAUCUUUCACAAGCCUUCACUUUGCUGGAAAGACAUGGUAUAGCAGGAGCAGCUGAAAUCUGCUGGCUGGAGUGAGGAAAAAAAAAAACUUGUCCAGGGAGCAUUUUCCUCCACAGUGGUUGUACAAGGUCAUCAUCCUUCCUUGCUCACCAAGGCCAGUCUUUACCAGUAUGAAGCUUCCUUGGUUUUGCUGAAGCCUUUCCUCAGAAGUCCUUCUGCCUCAAGGACUUCCUGGUGGAUAUUGUUUCUUUUGUGACUCUCCCAACUCCAGCUCCUCCUUUCUUUUUUGUACUUUAUGCUCAUGUAGGUCUUAAAAACCUGCCAUCUUCCAUGAUCUUUGCUUUAUAAAAAGAACAAUAUUGGUUUUGUCCAGAAGAAGAGAGUCCUGACUCCUAUGCUGAGAAGUUGUGCUGAGCUAAAAGAAUCUCAGCUGUGUUCCUACAGACCCUUUCUCUCAUUUCCCAGUUAUUAAGAAAGCCAUACAGUGCCUUUGGAGAGGGCAGGCACACAUUCCAUUCCCAGCCUGCCCUUUGCAUGGGAGAAUUUUCUAGACUAGACAAAUAUGUCUAGGACCAAAGAGACUUGCAAGGGAAUUUAUGUGCUUGUGCCAGUUAAUACUAUACUUAAUCUAAUCCAAAACAGGGAUGUGGAUGAGUCACAUGUUCCUAGGUGAUGCCAAAAUGGUACAGAGUUGAACACCCAGACCAGAUAUUUCUAAAAAGCUGAUGUACAUAUAGGCAUUCAGAUAUCAGGGUAUAUACUAUGGGGUAUACACACCAGAAAGAAAAAUACAGUUACAAUGCAGGAUUAGAAGUGCAUUCUCGACUGCAUUUAUUGAACUUUUUGUUUUUAUUGUAGUAAAAUACAUAUAACUUAAAAUUCACCAUUUUAACAUGUACAGUUCAGGGGCACUGCACUCACAAUGUUGUGCAACCAUCACCACUACCUAAUUCCAGAAUAUUUUCAUCACCAAGAAAUUGGCUACAGACAAGACCCUUCCUGGGUAAGCUCACACCACCAACUUUUCAGUUAAUAGGCAAAUACACUAACUGCACCACAAAGGUGUUAUUAAUUUUAAAACCAUGCCAUGUCUUAUGGUCCCAGGGUUUACUUUAGGGGGAAAGUUGCCUUAGUGCAGUGUGCCAUACCUUUUUGCUGCCAUGGUAUUUAUACAUCAAAAUAUGCCAGGAAUCAGAUCUGAAUGUGUUGAUGCUACUUGUGUCACACAAGCAUGGAUUCUAUUUAUUUAUUCUAUGGAAUAUUUUGUGGGAGAAGUAGCAGCAAUGGGCCUUGUCGUGGAAAUAUGAAGAGACCCUGUACCCUCUUCAUUUAAGGACUGCUGUAAGAGUUACCUUAUGAGCAGGACAGAGUGGCGAUGUGUUUCUCUGAUCUUGCCCUAGGCUCUCCAUCUCUGGAUCUGGGGAGUGACUGUUGAGCUCAUGUGAGGUAGGGUGGAGGGGAGAAAGGAAAAGCUCUCCCACAAACUAGAAGCCAAAUAUCCCUACAUUUCUUGAAUAACCAAGUCAUUUAAAAAAAAAAACAAUAUCCAGGUGAAUAUAAGUGUAAUAAAGCUGUGGACAGGCACAUUUUCUUUUCUGAUACCCACAACUGAACUUGUUGCACCUUGAUCAGGAAUGAGAAGCCAAAUUAGGACGUGCUUAACCUCUAAUAGUAGUAAGCUAUAUUGUUAUAGCUAGUAUUUAUUGGGCAUUUGUUGUGUACUAUGCUCUGUGACCAAGUGCAUUACCUUCAUUUUCUCAUUUAAUCCUCACAAUAAUUUGAAGGUAGGUACUAUCAUUCCACUUCAUAGAAACAGCAGGUUAGGCUGAGAAAGGUCAAGUUACUUGCUCAAAUGGCUAAGCUAAAGCUUGGCAUGCACUUAACCAUUUUCUCUCCCAAAUAUACUACUAGACAGUCUCCUUAUAAUUUCAAAGCAUACAUUUAAAUAUGCAUGAAUACAGGGCUUAUGGGCAUGGUGGAAAGGGAAAUAGACAGAUGACCUGUUUCCUGAUGGACUUGGAAUUUAAUAUUGCUUUAAGUUCACAAAGGCUGUCAUGGCAGCACUGAUAUUCUGUUCAUGUACUUCGCAUGGUAACAUAUGUGACAUAUGAUGUUUAUAAAUGAUUCCCAUACCCCUGGCUUCUUAAUUAUACUGCUUGCUCACUGAACAGCAGUUCAGAAUCAGAUAAAUAGUAGUUGAUGAUAAUGAUGAAAAUAAACUGUCAUAUAAAUAGAGCUAAUAGCAACAGCUCCUUUCUUCCCUAUGUCUGCAUAUACAAAGCACUAUCGGGUACAUUAUCUAUUCUGGUCCUAAAACCCCCCAACCAGGGUAUAAUUUCCAUUUUACAAACAAGGGUCACAUAAACUAGUACAUGGCAGAGCUGGUACUGAAACUCAAGUCUCUUCCACAAGUUUAUGGCUUUUUCUUUUCUAAAUACUGCCCCUCAGCAAGUUGAGAUUAGGAUUCACAAGUUUUCUUUUGUAAACACUGACAUCUUUUCCUAUUCCGUUUCUGUCUUAUUGCUUGGACUCGUCCCUCUCUGCCUCCCACAAAAAUCUUAAAGGUAUUUGGGAGCCAAAUUCCACUUACAAAUCUCAAAUCAUGGAGAUGAUCAGCAGAUACAAACUAAUCUGUUGUAGGGAAAGAGGAUUUUGAGGCAGAUCUAGGAAUCUGCUUUUGGCCAUUCUGGAUGAAGAAGGUCAAAUAAAAUAAUUAUCAUCAAAUAAUUUUAAUAUUGGAUUGCCCACUGGUUAUAAAUGAUUAUCAUUCCUUCUUGGACUUUCACCCCAACUUGGUUCUGGUGACCCCAUUCCUUUAGAAAGUGGGAAACUUUUUAUUUCUAUGAAAUCAUAGGGGUUAAAAUCAGAAGUCGUUAUUUCUGAAGACAAAAACAAAAAAUUGAAGUUAAUUAGGGUGUGCAUGUGUGUGUGUGAGACAGAGAAAUAUAAAAGUUUUAUCUUAGUAAGAAAUAUAAAAUGUGAUAGAAAUAAUGUUUUUUAAAAGUAUACUUCAUUUUAAUAUUGUAUCAAUCAAGACCUCUGUAAUAAAAAUAUUGUACAAUCAAACUGGGUCACU